AUGGUGAGUACAUGGGGUGCUUUGUAGCACAUCCACAAGGUUGUUUCCCCCCCAAACACAGUGCUUGAACUUCAAUAGGGUAAGCACAACACUUUCAUGAGAUGCUGGAGUUGUGUGUUUUUCAGCAGCAUGUAUCUAGCCUCCCAUAGAGACACCAGCUCACAAAAACACGCUUCUGGAGGAGGCUGACCUGACUACAAACUUAUGUGUGGCCAUGUGUGCUCCUGGGACGGAUGCUGCUGUGUUUGUUUGUUUGGUUGGUUGGUUGGUUGGUUGGUUUUUAACCCAAAAAAAAGGCCAAUUAUUUUGUUUGAACAAAAUAUACAAAGGUGCUCACAUUAAUGUUUCCCACAACAUCAGCGUGGAAAUCCAUCCUCCUGCCAAGCAUCCAAUGAGAGUGAAUGCUUUUCUUGCUCUGUAGUCUCAUCAAUCUGCUACUUCUUACCAGAUUUUUUAAUCCCACUUCCAGUAAGUGGUCCCUUGCCAGCUGCUUUUGCCUUCAACUCAACGACUUUCUUUUGCUCCUACUUUUGUUUUUGCUUGAACGCUUUGUCUCCCUCAUCCAUUUCCUUUACUUGCUUCUUGGGCUGUUUCAAGGGUUCCUUCUUGCCGCCGUCCCAUUCUGACAUGAUGCUGCUGCCUUGCUUGCUUCUCCCCGACCCCACGGGUGCUGCUGUUAAAUGUGAACUGGUCCUUAACUGCAAGGGUAACUUGAAGCUUACGUCCUGUGGUAGCUCUUCAUACACUGGUCUUUUGGUCAACAAAACAGAAGUUUAAAUGCAAUAAUUACCAAUAGGGGCUGGUUCACAUCUGGCUGCAACUUUCCUUCUAGCACCUUGGGAAUGCAUAAGGCUGUGUGUUUCUAUGGAGCUGCUGUUAGUUUGAGUAUUUGGACACAAUGGCAUCCCUGUGUAUUCCUACACACACACACCUGCAGGCAUGCUGAUGGAACAGUUGGUGUUGGCCUGGCUUAGAUGGCUCCUGACAUUCCCAAGGUGCCUACGUGUGGACUGUCAUCAAGUGACAACUGGCCUGAACCAACAGCUGUUGCUUGAACAACGUGACUGCUUGGAUAAGGCCACUGAAAUGGGGCGGUGGCGGUGGGGGUUUGCUGAAAGCUUGGCUUAGCUAUUAUGAUAGCUAAAUGGAACCUCCAUGUUAGUAGAUGGGACAACUCUGUAUACCAGUUGCCGGGGGGCAGGAAGACAAUGUGGUAAAUCUGUUAACCUUCAUGCAUGACUUUUGGAACCCCAUGCAUCCCCAUAGGCAUCUGGUUGGUCAGCAGGGUGCUGGUCCAAAGAGACUUUGAAUCUCACAAAGGAGAGGGUUCUCUUUGUGUUCUUCUGCAAUCUGGGGAAGAAAUGAGCCAACUGCUUUGCUUAUUGGAGUCACCAUGCUGUGACUCUCACCUGAUGGCCACCUUCCCAUAUGUGACCCCUUGAGCUGAGCAGAAGGGGACCUGUGCUCUGGGCUAGGAGGAAGCAAGCAGGCAAAACUAGUAUACAGGGUCCACUUCCAAACACCUGCAAAACACCUCUUACCACCGCAAAAAAAAAACUGCUUGUAUUUGCAGAGUUUUCAUACACAUUUAAUUGCUUGAGGUGUUAUUGAGCAACGGGAUUCUAAUGCUGUCAUUGGUUAUUUACAGGGGGAAAGAAAAGGAGUCAAUAAGUAUUACCCACCCGAUUUUGAUCCAGCCAAGGUAAGAGAGCAAUUGAGGGUUCCAAGGGAAAUUCAGGGUUUCAAGUUGUGUGCUGUCUGUGUGCAUUUUUGUUUUCUGUAUUGCAAGAUAAGUUCCAUGGUGAGGGUGUGUGUACCUAGUAGUUAUAGCAAGGAAUCAGUUUUUGAAUUGCCUGGAAGGGUUUUACUGAGCUGAAACAGGCACAAGUCUGCAAGCCAGGUUUUCUGGGUGCUGCCUUCAACUGAGUAGACCUGCCUCCAUUGAGUGGUCUUGUCCGUAUGUGAGAGUGGCUCAGGAUCUCACAUGUUCGGGAGAUCUGGCCUCACUGGCGAUCCUGUUCCCCACACCAGGUCUACUCUAGGUAUGAUACAACCCAAUGUAAUUUACUGCUCUUGCCUGCUUCAUAAAUAAGCAUUGAGAUGGUAGUAAUACGUUCAGUGUAAAAUGAAGAAUGUAUUUCUAAAAAAGCAAUUAGAUUUCUGCAGAAUUAUUUUUCUGUUGACAAAUGGAAAACUUGAAUAAGAACAAAGGAUAAAAAUAAAAUGUGAUAAAAGACCAUACGAAAGUGAUAAUUAAUCCUAGAACAGGCCCAUUUUUUAUUUUGCUGCUGCAUUACACUGUUGACUCAUGUUAAGCUUGUGGUCUGCUAAGACCCCUAUAUCCUUUUCACAUCUCAUAUUUGUUCAUCUGGUUAUUCCUGCCUAAGUGCAGGUAAGUCUAAAAAAUCAUGGUUUUCCCUGGAAUGGACAAUGUCAUAGGGGUACAUAAAUUGUCAUCGGACGAAGGCCGUAGAGUCAUGACUGACACUGGACUUUGUAUAUAACAAGUUGAGCAUCUUCUCUUCUCAUUUUUUGCAGCAUGGCUCCCUUAAUAAGUACCGCAACAGCCAUCCGCUACGGGAAAGAGCUCGUAAACUCUCCCAGGGUAUCCUCAUCAUCAGGUAAGGACACUUAGAUGCAAUCCUUAGCAUGCCAGGGCACCUUGGAGUUGAGUCCUUAUUACGUGGUGCUCUUUGUAGGGGGGCAUAGGAAACUGUCUGGGGCCUGCACAUUAGGGGAGGACCAGCUCUACGCUAGCCCAGUUGCAUGUGGACAUCAAACAGGGCUUGCUUUCCUGCUAGCUGAAGUGGUCGGGUGCCUCUGCUGCCUAUAGUGAAUGUCCCUUGGCUGUUCUUUCCUAGGUUUGAGAUGCCUUAUAAUAUCUGGUGUGACGGCUGCCAGAACCACAUUGGCAUGGGUAAGUGUGGAAGGCGGCUGGUGUUGAGGCCAUCCCUUAUAUACAUAGACAGCUAAUAGGAGCUUAAAUGUGGUGAGAGGGGCUUGUUUGAAGGUAGUGGAAUUUUGCGGCAGGAGCUAUGUACAGCAAAGAGGAACCUUGUUUGUUGGAUCUCCAUUUGGUAUUUCUGAAAGCCUCCUGUUUUGUCUUGCUUUUUUGCUGCUAGGUGUGACUGAGUACUUCUCACCUCUUGGGGACUAGUGCUUCAGGGUAGGUCAGGAAGAAGCCUGAGAAGGAAGGGUUGUACACCAGGAGGCCAGUAGGAGUCAUAAGGUCAACUGUUGCUAGUUAGAAUAAGAGAAAUGGGAUUUUAUAUCUCUUGAGGUCUGUUCUCACCACUGAGAAGAUGGGAGUGAUGCGUCUAAUAGAUAAAAGAAGGAGUUAAAAGUCCUGGAAGCUGGAACAGAAGCUGCAUUCUGAUUAUAUGCCUCUACAGCUUACACAUAGAUCAGGGAUGGAGAACCUGUGACCUAUGUGUCGUUAGACUAUGACUAGACUGCCAUCAGCCUCAGCCAGCAUGGCCGAUGGUCAAUUAUGAUGAGAAUUGGACAUUUGGAGUGCCACAAGCUCUCAGCUCCUGGUCUAGUAAAUAAAACGGGGGUUAGGGAUUCUGGAAGUCAAAACAUCUGGGACACUUUCAUUGUCCUGCCAUUUUGGUAAUUAAGUUAAAGGUUUUUCAAAGGGUGUGGCAUAAAUGUUUAAAAUGAAUAAAUCAGUCAUUGUUGGUAAUGAUAAGAUUCCAGGGUGGGGUUGAGUGAUCAGGAAAUCGGAGGCAGGAAUGUACAAAUUCUACUCUUCCCUCUGCUGACUGCAGGUGUUCGCUACAAUGCUGAGAAGAAGAAGGUUGGCAACUACUACACAACCCCCAUCUACAGGUGGGUGCUGUGAGGGCUCUUGUUGUCUUUACUUGUGCUCUUGGCCAGGACGAGUUGGGCAGUGUGUGCAUCAAGUGCAAGUUCAGGUCUGGCAAAGGGAAGAGGCAACUGGCUGGUAUUUAGGUAAUCUGUACCCACGUUUCCCACCUCCACUUCCAGUGGAAGAUCAAGAAAAACAGCAUGCUGUGCAAACUGUCUGAUUUGUGUAAGUCCACAUGCUUGCUUGUAAAUCGUAGAGUGGAGGGGCCUUUCCUGUAGGUCCAACCCCCUGUUGGUGGAGGAAAUCUAGAGUGGUUGUCUUGUUAGAAAACAUCCAAGUGAGGCAGAGUCCACUACCACUGUGUAAUUAGCUGCAUCAACCUUUCUUCAUGUGGACUUCUUUCCCAUAAUGCUGUUCGUCCUUGUUCCCCUCCUCUGCACCCAUUCUGAUUGGUCCAAGUCUGCUAGCCAUGGGGCGAGACCAGAAGCUCUGUGGCACGAUCCGUUUAGCUGGGUGCCCUGCUCAGUCGUCUUCUGCUUCCUGCCUGUAGCCAUGAAAAAAAUAAACACAACCACAGCAAGAGACUUCCAUAACUGUACCGUGGCUUCCCAAAAACCCACAAACAAUAAAAAUAAAUUUAAUAAUCAUAAUCAGACACAAUAGAAUCAGCAGCUUAGCUCUGCUCAGCAGCCAUUGGGAUUUGGAAAGAGGCAUGCUUUUCAUCCUCUAAAACCUUCAGAACCAGAAAGCAGAGUUGCCUCAUGUGUUGCAGGGACCAACCACCAUACAGAACAUGUCCCCCUACAGGGACACAAAGAUUGUAGCGGAAAAGGUGGAAGGUCAGUACAUGGUUCUGUGUGACAAUAAGAGGCCUUUUUUUCUGAACGUCUUCCAUUCAUGGCCACAACAUCUGGUAUCCCCCUUACCAUCCCAUCUUGCUGAACUUGCCUUGUAGGUUCCGUAUGAAAUGUCACCUUUGCCCCAACCACAUUGAGAUGCAGACGGACCCAGCCAACUGUGAUUAUGUCAUUGUCAGUGGUGCCCGGCGCAAGGAAGAGCGCUGGGAUGUGGAAGCGAAUGAGCAGAUAGUGGCCACAGGUGAGCAUAGGGAGCUAUGCCCAUCCUGCUGUUGGGGUGUUUAAAGAUUCAGCUGGCCUGGCCAGACCUAAUGUUUGUAUCUGCCUCUCAGCCCACGAGGAGAAGCAGAAGCUGGAGACAGAUGCCAUGUAUCGGUUGGAGCAUGGCUCAAAGGAUCAGAGCAAGCUACAGCGAGCCCUCCCCACCCUGCAGAACAUCCAAGAGGCUCAGAGCGCCUGGAAAGAUGACUUUGCACUCAACAGCCGCCUUCGCCGGAAAUUCAGGGUAAGCAGAUGUUGAGGUGGGAGGGUUCGUCUUUGUGGCCCUAGAAGAAAUGAAGGCAGGGUGAGAUUUCAACUGUGUUCCUAGUAAUAUAUUUACUUAAGACUGUCAGCCACAUAAUAACUCUUAGAGGUUUAACCACGUGCCUUUCAACUAAUCAAUUGAUUUAAUUUAAAUAAAAGUGCAUAUUGUUUCAUAAUAAAAAGUCCCACGAGAAAUGAAUGGAUUCAAAGUAUUGCACUUGGGCAAAAAAAAUGAGAGGCACAAAUGCAAGAUGGGUGACACCUGGCUUGAGAGCAGUACAUGUGAAAAGGAUCUAGGAGUCUUGGUUGACCACAAACUUGACAUGAGCCAACAGUGUGACGCGGCAGCUAAAAAGCCAAUGCAAUUCUGGGCUGCAUCAAUAGGAGUAUAGCAUCUAGAUCAAGGGAAGUAAUAGUGCCAGUGUAUUCUACUCUGGUCAGACCUCACCUGGAGUACUGUGUCCAGUUCUGGGCACCACAGUUCAAGAAGGACACUGACAAACUGGAACGUGUCCAGAGGAGGGCAACCAAAAUGGUCAAAGGCCUGGAAACGAUGCCUUAUGAGGAACGGCUAAGGGAGCUGGGCAUGUUUAGCCUGGAGAAGAGGAGGUUAAGGGGUGAUAUGAUAGCCAUGUUCAAAUAUAUAAAAGGAUGUCACAUAGAGGAGGGAGAAAGGUUGUUUUCUGCUGCUCCAGAGAAGCGGACACGGAGCAAUGGAUCCAAACUACAAGAAAGAAGAUUCCACCUAAACAUUAGGAAGAACUUCCUGACAGUAAGAUCUGUUCGACAGUGGAAUUUGCUGCCAAGGAGUGUGGUGGAGUCUCCUUCUUUGGAGGUCUUUAAGCAGAGGCUUGACAACCAUAUGUCAGGAGUGCUCUGAUGGUGUUUCCUGCUUGGCAGGGGGUUGGACUCGAUGGCCCUUGUGGUCUCUUCCAACUCUAUGAUUCUAUGAUUCUAUGAUUCUAACCUGUGAUGCAACACCCACUUACUCAGGAGUAAGCUCCAUUGAACUGGGUGGGACUUACUUCUGAGUAGACAUGUAUAGAAUUGCUCUGUAAAAAAAAUUAAUAGCUUGCCUACUUGCAUUCUUAUCUUAGUCAUUUGCAUUUUAGUGUGCUAUCUUUAUGGAUAUUUGGGUUUCUUUUUUUAAUUAUUUUUUAAUAUGAGCAAUACCAAAUCCAAUAAGCAUAGGCAGAACAAGAAUUAUUCAAUGGAGAAAUGCAAUUUGUAUUGUAGAAUGAACUUCCAUAAAGCUUCCCUGUCUGGUAUCCUGGAGUUAUUUUUUUAUUAAUUAACCAGGCAGGAGGAUAUUUAUACGGCUGGAUUAAAGUUUGUAUCCCUAUUUUUAUUUUAUUUAUUAACUAAGCUCCUCCAAGACAACUGGAUGCAGUGGAUUUAAAAAUGUUUAUUCCUGUCUUGCUAGUCCUUGGCCUGUGUUUUAGGUUUUCCCCUCCCCAACCUCCUUUCUGAUGUGGAUUUCUCUUUUUUUGUGUCUCUGUUUCUCCCUUUCCUACGCAUAGGAAGAAAAGAAAGUCCUGCAAGAGGAAGAGAAGAAAGAUCUCGCCCUGCAGUCAAAAGCAAGCCUGAGCAUCCCGCUUGUGAGAGAGUCUGACGAAGACCGCCAUCUGGCGGCGCUGCUCAAGUACCAGAGCCUUGGCUGUACGUGAAGCCUUAGCUGCUGGGUUUUUUUGGAGGGCUGGAAGAUACAAGGAGGAAGGAUAGGGCUUAUGCAGCCUGAAGUGUGCUGUGCAAAGGCCCAACACCAUUGUUGGCAGCACAAAACAGAGGACCUUCUGUUGAAAUCGGGAUUCAAGGAGAAGGCUCACAUUGCUGCCCCACUCAUAUCCUUGCACACCCCUUCCCCCACAAAGCCCUUAGAGCGCCAGGUCUUGCCGCACAAAGCAUCUGACUCCUUUCCUGAUGGAUUCUUUCACUAAGGUUUCAAAAGAAACAACUGGCAAACCCUCACAAUCAAGCUAGGUUGCUAGGCUACAGUAUUCGUUAUGUACUAAAACGAGACAGUGAUGUCAUGUGCAUUGUAUAAUUUACGUUUUUCACCUGCCAUCGCCCCACAACGGCUGUAGUUGUCAGAAACUCACCCUUCCCUGCUUUCCGGUGACUCCUAGAUCCUGGUUGGAGAACCGCUGAACUUGGGCCACAAUACAAAGAUACUCAUAACGGUGCAGGCACUGGGCUGUCAGACAGACCGGUCUCAAGACAUUAUAGCUGCACCAGAUUAUUUUAUGCUUCAAAAUCCCCUGUAGCAUUGGAGAGGAUGCUGAGGUGCCAGCUAUCCAUAGCUCAGUGGUAGAGCACAUGCUCAAUGUGCAAGAGGUCCAAGGUUCGUUUCCCCGCCCCCAGCAUCUCUUAGUUAAAAAACAGGAUCAAGUUGCAGUUGGUGGGAAAGACUUGUCGUCAGCUAGAUGGACCAGUAAUCUGAUUUGGUGUAACACAGCUUCCGAUAUUCCUGUUGCAAUGCACACAGUACCAUUUCCAGUUAUGUAAUAGUCCGCUUAUAAUAUUCCUGUUGGCAGCAGCUUGCAUGGAAAUUGCUUUUCAAUGGAAAACGGCAGGUGAUUUGAUGUUGAAAUGUUGGCUUGACAGUGUGCAAUGUGGCUUUAUCUGAGAGGUUGAUGCAAAUUGUCCCAGAGAGACAAUUUUGACUGCUGGUUCCCUUUUCUAUUGUACAUAAAUGGGACUUUGCCAGUUUGUUCUUUCCCCAGUCAACAGGUUUCUCAAAGGAGAGGCUGGCUUACUCAGAGGGCAAAUUAUUCAUAGAAUCAUAGAAUUGUAGAGUUGGAAGGAACACCAAGGGUCAUCUAGUCCAACCCCCUGAAAUGCAGGAAUCUCAGCUAAAGCAUCCAUGACAUCGUUAUUAUGCAGCAUGCAAUUCAGUUGGUUAUAUGUAUCUUGUUUUUUGCUUGCUUUUUUGCAAUGAGGUGCCUUACUUUGUACUAAUUCCACACCCAUUUUUAACAUGUUCUUCUGUAAAUUUUAAUUAUAUUAAUAUAUUAUAUUAUAUUAAUAUAUUAAUAAUAAUAUAUUAAUAAAUUAAUAAAAUAUAAUUUGAAAUAAAAACAAAAAUGGUAAUGAUAACCUGUUCUCUCUCCAUCCAGCUUAUGAAGACAAACAGAAGCAAAAACGCAGUGAGAUCGUUGACCGCCCAUGGUUCUCAUCUGCCCAGGUCUCAAGCCCCAAAGCCAAUGACACCCUGAAAAAGCUGGCACUCUCAGGAAAAUCCCCAGCUGGAAAGCCACCCGUAGCGAUGAACGACCUGGGUGUUGUGCGUCGGAAAUCCAGGGAUAGGGAACGAGCUUCAGCCGAAGAGGAGAGUGAGGCUUCAGAUCCCACAUCAUGCGUUAACACGCAGGACCAGGACAGUGCAGUGAAGAAAGUGUCCCUUGACUCUCUCACGGGGCCUGAAGUGGGCUCCCAAAAGGCUGAAGGAAGCCCUCUAUCCCAUUUUGCUACCUCUCUUGUUGCAGAUUAUUCUGACUCUGCAUCUGAUCCUGAAGCUGAACUGUGA